AUGUUGGACUUCAGAAUAAAAAAAAUCGUUCGACCUCGUAUAAUAUUUGUUGUGGAUUCAAUACUCCAUGAGCUAGCCGUGAACCAAGGGCAAGACUUAAAGAAAAUACAAUUCAAGGAUCAAUCCUGGCUCGGUCUAAAGACUAGGAGCAGGGAUGCGACACUGUCUCGUCACAAGGGAAUUAAUAUCAAUGAGCUGGCAUUGCACACUCGUAUUGCUGUCACGCCAUCCGGUGAAACAUGGCGCGGUCGUUGGCAGAAGAAUGAUAUAGUCGCGAAGAUUGUGGCCGUGCGUGAAUGUACGCCAAGAAUACAACGAGAUUUCAAUGAGGAGUUCCCGAAAUUGAGAAUCUUCUCACAUCCCAACAUAUUGCCUGUUGUGGGCUGCUGCGUGUCACCACCGUCGCUGGUCGUGAUCUCGCAGCACAUGUCGUGGGGCUCGCUGUACUCGCUGCUGCACGGCGGCGCGGGCGGGCGCGUGGUGGUGGACGCGGCGGCGGCGCUGCGGCUCGCGCGCGACGUCGCCGCCGGCAUGGCCUACCUGCACUCGCUGCAGCGCGACCGCGUACUGCCCACGUAUCACUUGAACAGCAAGCAUGUUAUGAUCGACGAAGACCUUACCGCGCGCAUAAACAUGGCGGACUCGAAGUUCUCGUUCCAAGAGCGCGGUCGCGUGUACGCGCCGGGCUGGAUGUCGCCCGAAGCGCUCACCAAGCCGAGCUCCAAGCGGAAUUGGGAGGCUGCGGACAUGUGGAGCUUCGCGGUGCUGCUGUGGGAGCUGGCAACCAGAGAGGUUCCAUUCGCCGAUCUAUCGCCAAUGGAAUGUGGCAUGAAAAUAGCUCUCGAAGGGCUCAGGGUUACCAUCCCACCCGGAAUUUCGCCUCACAUCUCGAAAUUGAUAAAAAUCUGCAUGAACGAAGACCCCGGAAAACGGCCAUCUUUCGAAAUGAUUCUCCCGAUUUUGGAAAAAAUGAAACGUUAACAACAACAAAACUGUCUGGGCGAGUAUAUUUCAUUAUUGAAUAAUGUUUAUUUUACAAUGACCAAGCACACUUUAUCCGACGUCGUAUUCUUAUGAAUUAAAAGCAAAGGAAAGAGGAUGUUUUUCCAUAAUAUAGAUUGUUAUUAUAAUAUGGUUUUUGAAAAAUCAAUAACUGCAGUUGCCAUAAUGAGUUUUUAUUAGAUAUAUUUUUUAUUAAACAGUUUUUUGAUAAAUGAAAAGGUACAAAUAUUGCCCAAUCCUACUUUUGUAGGACGGAGACUAUGAAAAUGAGUAAUAAAACAAAAAUACGAAAUAAUUUAUAUAAAUUGUUAACCUGAUUUAUGUUUUAAGGAGAGGAUAAGGAUCUUAUCAGACUUUUGAACGAAAAGGUUACAAUAUUUUAACAUUAUUUUAUGUUUAACAAAACUUUUUCAUAUUAAAUGUUUGAUUUGUGGAAAUUAUAUCUUUAUGAAUUCGAGUUUAUUCCAUGUGUACUAUAUCUAAAAGAUUUUAAAUUUCGGUUUUCAAAUUAUUCGUUUAUUAGAUCUGUGUUACAUCCAUGUGUUUUUACUUUUAAUAAUUAUUGUAACUGCCAGUAUUUAAUAUGUUGUUAGAUUAAGGUUGUGUGUAAUAAUUUAUGACGUUGUAUGGUUUAAAUAAUAAUCAUUCUCUUUUUUGUUUAAUAUGGUGCUAGUAUACAGCCCUUAAAAAUGAAUUGUUCUGCAAUUAGCCCUAUUUUCACAAAUUAGAUUAUUUAUUCAUUGUGUUGUUUAUCUAAAUAAUUAACAGAGGAACAUAGUGCAAUUUACAAACUUAUGAACCUCACAAUAGAAUAAGGUAAAUAAUUCUUAAAAUAAUUACAAAUUAUACAUAUAUUGUAAGAAUAUAAUUUUACUUUGGAGGUUGUCUUUUGUGUACUAAAAUGUUAAAAAUGAUUAUUAUUGAUGUUACAAAUACGGUAUAUGCUAUAAAAUAUACAAAACAUGUAACAGAAUGUAUAUUUUUUAUACAUUAUUCUAUGCCAAUAUACAAUGUGCCUUGAAGUGUAAUAAACGAUUAAACGCUUUAAUUGUGUCUUGCUUCGAUACAUAAAUAUAUAAUAUAUUAACACAUUAUUGUAGUGAUAACAACUUAUUGCUAUAAAACAUUUUAGUAUGUAAAUUGUAAAAAAAAUAAAUAAAUACAC